AUGUCCACCUUCGAGAUCCCUCCCGAACACGACUUUGACGACCAGUUCGAGUCGCUCCUCCAAGGCCUGCACUCGAUCUUCUCGGUCGACGGCAGCGACGACGGCAAGAUGAACGAUGUUGCGAAGGUGGUCUAUGCGGAGCAGCGGCUGAAGGAGUUCCGCGCGAGGGCGAAGGAGAGGGUUGACCAGGCGAGGGAGGAUUUGCGAGCCAUCGCACGCGACCACAAGCAAGCCGAACUCGCCUCUCAACGCUCCUCCGCCCAUCCAACAACACAAGCGCACGAAGCCAAGAUGACGAGCUUGCGCCAGUCGCGCCUGAGCAAGAUGAAGGCCAAUUCGGAGCUCGAGCAGCAGGUGUACCGAUUGCAGGGCGAGCUCGAGCGGUUGCAGCAGGAGUUGACGGACGAGGAGGCGGAGGCGGUCGAUGCGAUGGACCUCAACAGCGAAGUCCUCCGCAUCAAGCUGUACCGCGACAUGGGCUUCAUUCCUGUCGAGGAGAACGGCAUUUACUCCAAGAUCGUCGUUCGCUCGCAAAACAGUCGCGACGCACGAACAGUCCAGCUCGACUCGUCGACGAACGACUACAAGUGGAGCGAGUUCCUGUGGGACCUCGCUAGCAAGUAG